AUGGGUCAAAGCCUCAUCGAUCGGAUUCAGGCCAAGCUCGAGCUGUUCCGCCUCGAGCAGCGCUACACCCGUCACCGCAACCGCCGCUCCACCUUUGUUUCCAAUGCCAUUUACGUUGAUGGCGAGUACGUCUACCAAACCCCCAACAGCACCGGUUCGUCGACCGACUCCAGCACAACUCGUGUCGACGCUCUCCACGGCGACAAGGCCGUCGCGGACGCCGCCGCCGCCCGGAACAACGGUUCCAUGAUGACUGUCGCCGAGGCCGUCCAAUCCCCUCCGCCCGAGCGCAAGAGACUGAACCGCUUCAGCUCAAUGCCUGGAUUUGGAAACACCUUUGGCAAGGACAGGCCGCAGGUCAUUGAACGCCAGACCAGCAUGAUCAGAUAG